AUUUCCUUCCUUAUUCCGCCAUUACCAAACCCCUACGACUAAGCAAAGGAGAGAAAAUUAAAUUAAAACAAAUUCACGCACUAAAAAAAUCUUAAAACAGAAUCAGCCAACAGAAGAAACAGACAAAGAAUGAAUAGUGUUUUCUCAGUGGACGAUUUCUCCGACCCGUUCUGGCUGUCUCCUCCUCCUCCGCCAUCAUCAACGGAUCCGAAGAUGAAUAGAAGCGAAUCGGAAUGGGCCUUUGAGAAUUUUCUACAAGAAAUGGCUUCCGUACCUUCCUCCGCCAGCGAAACCCACACCGCCGCUCCUUCGGUGCUUUCUCAAUCGUCCACGUCAUCGAUACCUCCUGACAAUGGCGAGGAUGAAGUUGUGGAGAUCACAAAACAUCCAAUUCACCACCACCAACAUCCAAUCCCUAACCCACAUCCGCGACCGCUGGAUCGCAAUCUAACGGUUCCGAUUGAUUCCGAGGAGUACCGUGCUCUUCUCAAGUCGAAGCUCGAUCUCGCUUGUGCUGCCGUGGCCAUGUCCAUGGAAACCAAUGCUGUAAAGCCGGAAGUUUUUUCUUCGUUACCUGAAGAUCAAAGGCUAGCUGCAAGAAAUAUGUCGUUGGGAACACAAUCUUUUCAUAAUGGUACUGAUCAAGGCAUUUCAAUGGCACAAAUCGGGGCAGAUGGUGAAUCACUCGGCAUUCCAGCUUUACCUACUACACAGAGAAAACCAGAUGGUGGAUCACUCGGCAUUCCAGCUUUACCUACUACACAGAGAAAACCAGAUGGUGGAUCACUCGGCAUUCCAGCUUUACCUAUUACACAGAGAAAACAAGAGGUUCAAGCCAGGCAAACAACCAGUGGAUCAUCAAGCUCGGAUGAUGAUGACCUUGAAGGAGACACAGGAACCAAUGAAAAUAUGGAUCCUGCUGAUGUGAAACGUGUGAGGAGGAUGCAGUCGAAUCGAGAGUCAGCUAGACGCUCUAGAAGAAGAAAACAAGCACAGCUGAAUGAACUUGAAACUCAGGUUGGUCAACUAAGGGAUGAACGCACUUCACUGCUAUCACGCUUCACUGAUGUAAAUCAAAAAUGUGAUGAUGCUGCUGUUGACAAUAGAAUUUUAAAGGCUGAUAUUGAAACAUUAAGGGCAAAGGUCAAGAUGGCCGAAGAACAAGUGAAACGAGUGACAGGUUUGAACCCAGUGCUUCUAGCAAGGUCUAGCAUGCCGAGCCCUGGGAUGCCAUUUGUUGGUGGCCAGGUGGAUGCAUCUACCAAUGUUGCUAUCCCAAUGCAAUCAAACCCCCGCCAAUUCUUUCACCAGCCAGUUCAAGGUAUUACCCCUGCUCCUCCACAUCUCCAAAGACUAAACAACAGCUUCCCUAACAGCACCUUAGUUCCGCUUGCCACAAAUCCACAAACUGACAAUGGAAACAGUAAUGAUGGUGGAAUGGCUGUCAUGCCUUCCAUGCAACUCACUGCUGAUGGGCAAAGUUUGCCUGCCAUGCCUUCCAUGCAACAGGUGCAAAAGCAGAUUGGUCCAACUGUUGGUCCUGCUGGGACCUUGCCUGCAUGUGACUCAGGACUUCCUCACGUGGUUGCGAAGGAUUACAAAAAGAAAUGAAUCAGAUGCUUCUUCCAUUCUGGUUUUUGGAACUGGGGAUUGUAAAGGUCGUCUCUGAGUACAACUGUCGGUUCAUAUAAUUCUAUGACUUUCAACACAUACUGGGUUCUUUUGUUUAUGGUUUAUAAAUAAGCCUUUUUAGCUGGUAGAUCAUCUUGACUUAUUUUUUUCAUGUAGACGUGGGUCGUGUUAAUGCAACCCAAGUUGUCAAUGGAAGGCUUGUGAUUAUCCCCA